ACGGUUAGAACUCCAUUUUGUUCGCCGCUCGCCUGCUCGGCAGUCGCUCGUCUCCGUGGCUUCUCCUGGCCGGAAAGUUGAGCGGCGGCGGCGGAAGUUUUGAGGACUCGGCCGGAGCUCGGUCACUGAGUGUCCCGCGGACGAGCAGAGCGGCAGAGAUGCGGCCCCUGGACGCGGUGGAGCUGGCGGAGCCCGAGGAGGUGGAGGUGCUGGAGCCCGAGGAGGACUUCGAGCAGUUUCUGCUGCCCGUCAUCCACGAGAUGCGCGAGGACAUCGCGUCGCUGACGCGCGAGCGCGGGCGCGCGCCCGUGCGCAACCGGGGCAAGCUGUGGGAGAUGGACAAUAUGCUGAUCCAGAUCAAGACGCAGGUGGAGGCCUCGGAGGAGAGCGCGCUCAACCACCUGCAGGGCGCGGCCGGCGCCGAGCCCCGCGGCCCCAGGGCGGAGAAGGCCGAGGAGAAGGCGCAGGAGAUGGCGAAGAUGGCCGAGAUGCUGGUGCAGCUGGUGCGGCGGAUAGAGAAGAGCGAGUCGUCGUGAGCGGCCCGCCGCGGUUUCCAGCCAAUGGAUUCUGGUCGAGUGAUGGCGAUUGGCUGACAUGACACCUGGAGAAACUGAAACCAGAAAGCCUUUUGUUUUCCCUUUUUUUUCUUUUGUUUUUCUUCUCCCCCCCACCCCCCACCCCUUCUGUCUUCACUCUGUUCUCACUGACACUACGUUUCUGCUACGGUCUGCGGUUGACGACCUCGAUAUGAGUUACUCAUUGAUUAUUCAGUGGUUCCUUUUUUUGUUUGUUUGUUUGUUUGGGGGAAAUUACUUUGAUUUGGAAAAUUCACUCACAUAUGGGAACUAGGGCCUAGAUUGUAAGCCCCCGUGGCAGUCGAAUGACGUUCCUUCCUGGGCUUUGGUUGUUGUUUAUGCAUUUUGAGGUGCUUUGCUCUUUCUCGGGUGAUCUGAUAGCUCCCUGGAACUUUGGCUCUUUGUGACACUUGAGACUCGGGUUGGAGCUCACCGGCCCUUGGAGUUCUGAAGGAGCUGCGUUCAUUCUAGAAGACCACUCCUUGCAUCGAUGGUGGAAGAAGGAACCAGACUUCAUCUGGGACUACGGAUGGGCCUUACAUGGCUAAGACUGAUGACCUGGGAGAAGGGUCGGAGAAGAGUAUCGUUUCUAUUGGGGGAGGGGGGCUUUGAUUUCUGUGUGAGACCAAAGGAGGAGAGAUGUAUUUUGUGCAAAAUUUAAAUUUUAUGCGCUCCACUAUCUAUUGUAACCUGUCUGGUGAGUUUGUUUGGACAGCCUAACUCAUUUCUAUAUGAAAUGGAAUCCAGAAUGGGAGGUGAGGUCUUGUUAGUCUGUGCCAGUUGGUAUUUUAUCCCCAUAUAUUUGAGGAGAUCCUGGGCAUAAAAUGAAAGAUACUUUCCAUGCCCUUUGUGGGCUGGGAAGGAAAACUUGGAACUGUCUGCAAUGGACCCUAAACUUCGAGGAAGAGGCGUCUUCAAGGUUCAUAUGUAGUCAGGCUAUAAGUGUAUUGAGUAGCAGACCUGAGAAGCAACCCCUACCGUAUUUCAAAAAUAAAAUCUUACAUGUUAAUAAAAGUAUUCGUUUGCUUGAAAAGAUAAAUAAACUCAGAAAAUUAUUAAGAAACAGUAA